UUUGUUUACUGCGUUUGUUACAUUUUUCUCGCAUCAAUAAACAAUUUGUGACAACAUAUAAUUUAUCCAAUUAAUUAUAAUCAAAUUAUUAUUGCGGAGUUGGAUUUCUUAGACGUUUUUGGUUACAAUUAUGUUGAUCAUCGAUCAUUUCUUCAUCUGCGAUUCAUCACAUUAUCGAUGAAAAAAAAAUUAAAUUUAUUUCAAAACAUUCAACAAUGAAUCGAAAUGAUACACGAUUCACCAGUAAUAAUAAUAAAUCAACAUUUCUUUCAUCAUAUCUGGCUAGCGAUGAUGAAGAAGAUAAUCUCGAAAAUUUUGGCCAAACAAAUGAUAAUUCCGAACGUUUGGAAAUACUAGCGCCAAUUCCAUUAAAUAUUCCUAAUACAAUCGAAAAUGGUCAUCAUGAUCUCUCAACUGAUACAAGUUGCAGCUCUAGUUCAACAAUGAAUUCCAAUUAUAAUCAAAUUCAUCAAGAAAGUUAUUUAAAUAUUUGGAAUGAUAACCUAAUUGAAUCAGCUACACCACGUAGAGCUCAAUAUCGUGUGAUAUUUGAGAUAAUCAAAGCUCGUACAAUAACUAACAAUGAAACAAGACAAAAAUUUGUCAAUUAUACUAUUCUAAUGAAACGAGUACCCGGAUUGGAAACAGAACCAGCCAUCAUUGAACGUAGAUAUUCAGAAUUUCGUAAUUUUUAUAAUGCAAUCAAAAGAAAAUAUCCGUUACUGCUCAAAGAUAUUAUAUUUCCAAAAAAAAUUUUUAUUGGUAAUUUUUCUGCAGAAGUGAUAGCAGAACGUAGUUUGGCUUUUCAAAAAUUUUUAACAUAUUGCCUUAGUUUACCUGAAAUUCGUUCAUCAAAAGAAUUUGCCCAAUUUCUUUAUUAUCCUGAAUUGAAAGAGACUAAAAAUUGCCUAAAAUCAAUCCGAUUAGAAGAAGCGGCUAGUAUUUUAGAGAAUGUCUAUUAUAUUCAAAGUAAAUUAUCAUCACAUAGCGGACAGCCGGAUCGUCAAUUGAUUCAUACGUUAUGUUGUUUAAUCGGUUGCCUUAAUGCUGUCGAUAAUACGACAGAUGCAAAAAAAUUAGCACGAAAAACAUUCGAAAUGUUAUUUGAAAAUCCAGUUGUUUUGAUACCGAGCCAUUGUGUUACAAAUGAUAGUAAUGCAAUUUUCGAAGUAAAUAAUCUUUAUGAAUCAAGUCAACUAAUUGUGCCACUGAUACUUCUUUCACUUCGUCAUGAAUGGUUUUCUGGCCAACAGAAAUUGGCUUUAGAGAAAAAAUUGGAAGAAUUGUGUCGAAAACGUAGUUUGCCAAGAAAUAUUGAUUCACAUCCUAAAUUAUUGGAAAUUAUUCUACGAAAAGAUUUCACACCAAUCUUAUGAAUUAAGAUAAUAAUCAAUCGAUCGAAGCAUAAUCGUUGGAAGGCAUUAAUAUCUAAUCAACAUUUUUCAAUCAAAAUAACAUUCAUAUCCUAUUAAUUAUUAUUGUAUUAUUC